AUGUAUGCGAAUAUAACUCAAUUGAAUAAGUUUAGAAGUCAUCGUGGUCUAAACACCUUUUCAUUGAGACCACAUUCUGGUGAAGCAGGCAAUAUCAAUCAUUUAGUAACAUGUUUCCUAUUGGCUGAAAGUAUUAAUCAUGGUUUACUGUUACGUAAAGCUCCUGUUCUUCAAUACCUCUACUAUAUUUCUCAGAUUGGAAUAGCAAUGUCACCUCUUAGUAAUAAUUCCUUAUUUCUGGACUAUCAUCGUAAUCCAUUAAAUGAUUAUCUAGCUCGUGGUCUAUUUGUCAGUUUAAGUACUGAUGAUCCAUUACAAUUUCAUUUUACAAAAGAACCAUUAAUUGAAGAGUAUAGUAUAGCUACACAAGUUUGGAAAUUCACUUCUACAGAUAUGUGUGAAUUAGCUCGUAACAGUGUAUUGAUGAGCGGUUUCUCUCCUUUAGUUAAAUCUCAUUGGCUUGGACCAAAUUAUACACAAGAAGGUGUUAUGGGGAAUGAUGUAACACGUAGUAAUCUGCCUAAUAUUCGUGUUGCUUAUCGAUUUGAAACUUUAACACAAGAAUUACGUUUACUAUUGAAUUCUGUAUUAGCUAAACGUACUAGUGGAUCUGUUUCACCUAAUAGUAAUACAGCUAUACACUCUCCAAAAAAGGCAUAUAUUCCAUCAAUCUAUGGUACUAUUGAACAAUUGAAGAAGUAA